AUGGUAGCAAUGUUCGGAACAUGUUUUUUGCUCGGUGAUGCAAAACGAAAUGCAACUUUUGAUGAGAAUUACCAAGUAACAUGGGGAAGUGAUCAUGUUUUGUAUCUUAAUGAAGGAAGAGAGGUUCGAUUGUUGUUGGAUGAAAUUUCAGGUGCUGGAUUUACAUCAAAAGAUUAUUAUGGAUCCGGCUUCUUUAAAAUGAAGAUCAAGUUACCCGCUAAUGAUUCCGGCGGUCUUGUUACUGCUUUUUAUUUGUAUCGAAACGAGACUGGCGUGCAUGAUGAGUUAGACUUUGAAUUCUUGGGAAAUAGACCGGGCAAACCAAUAGCACUACAAACAAAUAUAUUCACAAAUGGUGUUGGAAGCCGAGAGCAAAGAAUCAAACUUUGGUUUGAUCCUACCGCGGAUUUCCAUUACUAUAAAAUCCUAUGGAAUCACCAUCAAAUCGUGUUCUUUGUGGAUAACAUACCAAUAAGGGUGUUCAAGAACAACAUGAUCAAAGGUGUGGGGUACCCUAAUAGUACAAUGCAAGUGGUUGUGAGCCUUUGGGAUGGGUCUAAUUGGGCGACUGAUGGUGGCCAAGUCAAGGCUGAUUAUACCCAUGGACCAUUCGAGGCCUACUUUCAAGAUUUUAAUAUCAAUGGGUGCCAUUCAUCACCCAGUAUGCCCAAUGUAAAGUGUUUAUCCCAAGAUUAUAGGUGGAAUUCCAAAACAUAUUGGACAUUGAAGCCAAAUCAACAGAAAGCUUACGAGCUUAUUAAGGAAAAACGUAUGACAUAUGAUUAUUGUACGGAUGGGAUUGGGAUGACGCGCCCUAACGAUUAUAAAGAGUGUCAUUAA